AAAACAUUGGAAUUCAAGUUGAUUAUUAUUACAAAUUCUUAUGGAGAAUCAAAAUAAAAAUCAAUCAAAACAAGAAUUAUUUAAAUAUAUCAAAAGUUAUAUUGUCGAUGAAGUAAUGAAAAACGAAAUAUUCGAGUCUAUUCACCCCGAAAUUGAUGAUAUAAUAAAAGAAGUUUUAAGAGAACAACUGUUGAAUUCUAAUGAAGAUUUGAUUAUAGAAACAUCAAAUAACAUGAAUAGACCUAGUUCAAGUUCAGGAAAUUAUGUAAUAAAAACUAAGCAUGAAAAUGAAAAUCUAUCUACUGAAAAUGUUCCUUCCGAAAUUUCCGAAAAUAAAAUAAUGCCGUUUCGAAAUUCCAUGAAAUCAGACGAAGACAAAAAUUUCAAUUUGGAGAGUGAUGAGACUUCAUCAUCGUCGUCAUCUUCAACAGACAGUUCUGAAUAUUCAACGCUGGAUUGUAAUGACAUGUCAUCAUCAUCGCCAUCUUCAACAAAUGGUUCAUAUUUAAGUACGCAUAGUGAUGACACGUCAUCAUUAUCACCUUCAUCAUCUGAUCUCGUUUCAAAACCUAGUUCUUCACGUAAAAAAGAAACAUUGAAUUCCGAUGUAAAAUCUUAUCGACUUGAAGCAGACACGAAUACAGAUCCGAUGCUAGAAGUAGGAGAACGUGGUUUAACUAGACUCAGACGCAGAAGAAAGAGAAGGAGUAACAGAAGGAUAAGAAGAAAACGAAGAAUGAAAUUAAUCGAAAAACUAUUGAAAAAGAAGGGUGGCGGGUAUACAGAAGCGCCUAUGAUAAAUGCAGAUCAAUUGUCAGUAAGUGUGGCACCGCCGCCACCUCCACCUGUUGUUUAUCCUCAAGUAGUAUAUCUAAAAAAGCCAGGGAAACAAGACAAAAUUAUUAUUAAGCCUUACAUUUCUGAAAACGAAUCAGACAGACCGAAAAAAUUGAAGUCAAAGAAAUCCAAAAAGUCAAAAAGUUUGAGGAAAGGAAGAAAAUCUAAAAAAUCGGAGAAAAAGAAAUCGAAAAAAGGGAGGAAAUCUAAAAAAUCGGAGGAUAAACAGUCAAAAAAAGCAAAAUCUGUCAAGUCCAUCAAACUCAAACCCAGAAUUAGAGUGAAAGAUGUUGAUUUGCCAGUAGAUGCGAAGAAAACAGUUGUGGAAAUUAAUACAUUAGUAGAUCCUACGGAAUGGCCAACGACUUCUGAACAUAUCUGCGAAUGUCCAUACGGAAAUUUUCCUUUUAGAAGAUUUAACCAUGUAAUUUCAAAAGAUACUGAAAUUCGCGAAAGAAUAUAUCCUGGAUAUUCAGUUUAUUAUAGACAUUAGAAAUAAAUAAUAGAUAAUAAAAGCAAAAAAAUAUUCUGUGUGCGUGUGCUUGUGCGU